GGCAUGCUAUGCUUUCUUGAAUAGAACGAGAUGCGAUCGAGACGAUGAAUUUGACUGGAAUAUUGUUGCUACUUUUCGUGCCUCUUCUCUCUGCGCAUUGUCCAAGCCAAAUCAGUGCUCGGAUACAAGAAUGCGUACGGCCUGUCGCUGACUACGCCAAGCUACUCAACACUAAUCAGGACAAACCUCAUGGGAGCAAAUCCGAGAUUGGCAGCGCCUUUUCACUGCCAAACAUGGGUGGACGAGUGUUCAAUGAACUUUGCAAGUUGAUAGCAAAGUUCAAUGUUUGCGUUCGCGAACAUCGUGCGCAAUGUCCACGACAUGUGACUAUAAGCCUUAUCGACUCCUCCUAUGGUUACUUAUGCAACGAAGGAUAUAAUACUUUUAUGGAAUCAGCCGAGUGCCUCAUGGAGCUGGAUAGAAAGCCAGCGGUCAAGCGAUGCCAUGACGAGACACUAGUAGAGAUUGAAACGGCCAACACAGAGACGGGGAUCGCAAUGGCGGCAAAACUCGAGCGGAUGUGUGGAGCACUGAACUUCUUCGCUGGUUGUGUGAAAACCCCUAUCAAGCACGACUGCGGGUCUUCAGCGUGGCAAGUGAUAUACAGAGUGCUCAAGGACACCACCAAUACCCUCAUGCCUGGAUGUCAGUUUACCGGCGCCUCAGCCCGUCUCAUCUCCUCCGAGACCGAGGAACUCCACACUCUACCCAUUACUUCAACACCUCACUACAUACCGGAACCGCCACCCACCACGACCCCGUUCGUCUACGUUGAAGAGUUGACCUACCCUCCCAUAUCCUCAUCAGCCUCCGAUAACUCUAGGAAAGGCAUGAAGAAGAAUAUCGUGAGCGAAGAGCUCGCGCUAUUAAAUUCCAGCUCUCAAAUGACUAUCUGCUUCCUGUUGUUCAUUGUGAUGUUUUGCUGAGUUAGCCAUGUCGAUAUGGUCAUGUCCUACGUGUAUCUGUAUAUUACUCACUGUAUGUUGUGUGAUAAAUCCUCUGUUGUAUAUGCACAUAAAGUUAGUAAAUCUUUUGAUC